UGCAUUGGCGGUGAAGCCUACGGAGUUAAAAAAAGAAGGGGGAAAAAGGGCAGAGCUCCCAUUCCCAUUCCCAACAAUUUCUGAGGCAAUCCACCGUUUGCUGACUCACCCAUUUGUCUGUCGGUGACGCGUAAUCCUCACAUUCGGAUAAUCUUCAACCCUCAAAACUCUAAAAUCCUCUCCUGAAUUUCAACAAUGAUCAUCUAAUUUAUUAUUAUAAUUUACCCUUUUUGCUGGUUGAAAAAAAGGGGGCAGUUAUUUUCUCAUUUCAAAUGAUCCAGAAACGUACCAUUCUUGGAAGAUCGCAAUCAGAAUGCCGCAGGCGCCGACGGUUCGCAGCUCCGCUUAUCUCAAUGCUCUCACGCUUGAGAUUGAGAAGAAGCUUCAACGUGCUUUAGCUUCAGCAACGCAGAGGCCGAACUUGUUGCAAGAGUUGUUCGCGGACAUAGCUUUGGAAGUAGAUGAUCGUGCUAAACAGAUUAUUUUUGGCGAGGAAGAUGCAAUUUCUGUGGCAGAUGAUGGACACAGCGGCCCAAUAUGCUUUUAUAGCGUGCUUGCUGAUUAUUUUGUAUGCAUGCCACAAAAUGGAAAAUCAAUACUUGAUCUCAUAGUACAACUUUGGAGCCAGUCAUUUGCCUCUAAUAUUUUUGCUCUCUUGUUCCACAAGUGGAUGUUUGAGGUUCAGCUUGAUAAUCCUGAAGUCUCACUUCGUUACUCAUCCGCUCUUGUCCAAGGUGCUGCAAAUGUUUUCUGGAUUGAUAUCCAGACUAAUGCAACGCGUUUCCUGAGGCUCUUUCAGUAUCUGCUAGACGAAGUUGCUCUUGAUUCUGAGAGGUUAAAGAAGAUCCCCCAGCAGGCUCAGCGGGACCUGUUUCUUCUCCUCUCUAGAUUCAUAUUUUUCUAUAACUCAGCUGACAAACUUGAAAGCUUCUUGAAGCAAUUUCCUGAUUCUCAGAAUGCUUUCUUGAUUGGGAAUGCUGCGGACAUUUUUGUCAUUGAACUAGCUGAUCAGCUUCAAAAGUUGAAGGUGGAGCCAGUACUUCUUCAUUACCUUUCUCAGAUAAAAGUGCUCCAAGGCCUAGAACUUAGAAUGACAACCAGUACAAGACUGAAAACAUGUUUAUACAGCUUUACAUCCCCAGGUGGUCCUAUGUAUCCAACGAGAGCUGUCCGUCAUGCAGCCUGGGAUGCACUAAAUUUUCUUUUUCCUGUUGGAAGAUAUCCACGGCAUGUUAUAAGCCUUUUUUUCCGAUUGCUUUAUCCAUGGUACUGGCCCUCGUCUUGUUGGAACUUUGUGCUCUCUUGUAUAAAAGCUAUUGUAUACUUCAUGUUGGGAUUAAUUUUUUCUAGUUGGGAGAAACUUAAAAGACCUAAACAGUCAUAGAUUUAGAUGCCAAUGUUUUGUGUGUGGUAAGUUUUUGUAGAAAAUAUGGGGAAAGUAGUUUCUUCCGUUUGAACCAUGCUGUGAUUGUAUAUUGUACAAUAUGUUGUACGAGUGAAACAGAUUAUAUAUAAACUUGCUUUGUGAAAA